AUGUGCCCCCCGGGUAUUGCCACAUCUUGGGGCACCGGGAGCUGCGGGAACACCGGGACUCGGGAUGAUCUCCCCGGUCUGCGGCAUCCCCGGGGGCACCGGCAGCCGGGAUGCCCCUUCCCCGACCGUGCCGUGCCCCGCGGCACCGGGACCCGGGACGAUCCCGCCGGACCGUGCCGUCCGCCGGGGUACCGCGGGCGCACCGUGCCUGCCCUGAGCUGGGCCGUGCCCCCGGUCCCUGCCAUCCUCCGGGGCACCGGGACCCGGGGUGGUCCCCCCGGGCAUUGCCAUCCCCCGGGGCACCGGGACUACCGGCAGCCCGGUCCGCAGCAUCCCUCAGGGCACCGGGAGCCCUCGCCGGCCGUGCCAUCCCCGGGGGCAGCACCGGAGAUGGCACCGGGGCUGCCGCUGCUCCGCUGCCGGCUGGCGCUCUACGUCUACGAGUACCUGCUGCACGUGGGGGCCCAGAAAUCCGCCCAGACCUUCUUGUCGGAGAUCCGAUGGGAGAAGAACAUCACGCUGGGGGAGCCCCCCGGCUUCCUGCACUCCUGGUGGUGUUGUGGCGGCGGGGCCGAGCCGGAAAAGCGGCGCAUUCCUUCCCCGGCCGGCGGCGAGCGGGGCCGGGGCCCCCCUGCCCGCGCCCCCCCGGCCCCGGGGGGGCUGGGGGCGCCGGGGACCCCCGUUCUGAGCCGCGUGUCCCCGCAGAGCGCGGCGGCGGCGCCCAGCCCGGUGAUGGGGAGCCUGCCCCCCGGGGACGGCAUGCCCGGGGGCAUCGACCUCGGGGAGCUGGGCUCGCUGCUGGCGGCGCUGCCGGCGCAGGACGCGGCGCGCCGGGCCUGGGCGCUGCGCCGCCACAUCCUGGAGUUCCAGGAGAGCUUCUCGGUCAUGGAGAGGACUGAGCCCCUAAAAUCUGAACUGAACCCCCAAACCCCCCUGACCCCCCAAACCCCCCCUUUGCCCCCCCUCAUGUCCCCCCGCUACCCCGGCGGCCCCCGGCCCCCUCUCCGGAUGCCCAGCCAGCCCCCCGUGGGUGUUCCAGGCUCCCAGCCGCUGCUGCCCAACGCCAUGGACCCGGCCGCGCGCUCCCAGGGGCAUCCUGGCAUGGGGGGCCCGAUGCAGCGCAUGAACCCCCCCCGGGGCAUGGCCGGGAUGGGGCCGCAGAGCUACGGCAGCGGGAUGCGCCCCCCCCCCAGCUCGCUGGCCGGCCCUGGGAUGCCCACCAUGAACAUGGGUCCCGGUGGCCGCGGGCCCUGGCCCAACCCCAACGCCAACUCCAUCGCCUACUCCUCCUCAUCCCCUGGGAAUUACGUGGGCCCUCCUGGGGGCGGUGGCCCCCCCGGCACCCCCAUCCUGCCCAGCCCCGGAGACUCCACCAACUCCAGUGAGAACAUGUACACCAUGAUGAACCCCAUCGGACCCGCGGGGAACCGGCCCAACUUCCCGAUGGGGCCCGGCCCCGAGGGGCCCAUGGGUGGGAUGGGCGCCAUGGAGCCGCACCACAUGAACGGAUCCUUAGGCUCCGGGGACAUGGAUGGGCUGCCAAAGGUGAGCUGGGGACCCCGGCACCCCCAUGGUGCUGGGACCCCAAUUUUUGGGGUGCCCCCAUGUCCUGGGACCUUCAUUUAG